CUUUGUGAACACAUGAAUUACAAUUUAAUGGAUACGGGUUGUCUGUCAAAUGUAUUAAUGUUGAUUCGACAUUUAUUGUAAAGAAAAAAAAAAAAGAAUUUUAUUGGUACUAAGUGGAUAUGUGCAAUGUUUUUAUUGCUGCCAAAUACAUUUUUCCAAAAUUCUCAACUAAAAAACUUAAAAAAUCUACUUCGUAAAGUAUGAAUAUAUUAUGCACAUGGCAGCAAUAUAUGAUGUUAUAAUCAAAGAUGCUAGUUCUUGAGAAGCAACGCUUCCUCUGAAGUGUUCAAGUUCAAGAGGCCUGCUGAGGCACAAUGAAAGCCAUUGUAUCAAUCACAUUGAUCGUGCUACUAUAUGGGAUAAACUCAGUACCCAUCAGUGCCAUUAAAAUAUGUGCCAGCAGAGGAAAGGAUAAUGAAAAUUUUACCUUAAAACAAAAUAUAACCAGUGUACCUGAAGAUUUACUCAAUGACAGUAAUAUAAUUCAUACUGCAAAGAAUAAUAAUAUUAAAUUUGAAAACUGUAUUAAUUUUUGUCAUGCUUUGUGGCAAGAAGAAAAGACUGCAAAUGGAACAAAAAUUACCAUUUUAUCCCAAGGUUGUUGGAAACAGUCUGGUGAACAAAAAUGUGAAACAACAGAAUGCAUUGCCCUUCAACGUUCUACUAAAGCAUUGAAUAAUACAAAAUUUUGUUGCUGUCAUGGAGAUUAUUGCAAUCUUAAUAUCAACAGUACUAACAUCUUAUAUUCUGAGAAUAAUGCACAUAGUUCUAUUUCUGCAGAAGGUAAUAAACCAGCAAAUGAGUAUUUAGAACAAUCAGAUUCUGGAAAAUGGAUUGUUAUCAUAACAAGUGUUCUACUCUGUGUAUUAUUAGCAAUAUAUAUUGUAGCUUUAAUGGUAUAUCGUAUAUAUCAUACUAAUAUGUUAGCAAGAUUAGGAAAACCACUUUCCUAUACUGAUCAGUUUAUGGAUAGUACGGCACUAAGAACUGGUACUUACACAGUGGAUCAUUUGAAACUUACAACAAUCGUAGGACAAGGGCGCUAUGGAUCUGUAUGGCAAGGUAGUAUGGGAGAUCAAGAUGUUGCUGUAAAAAUAUUUCCUUCUCAUUAUCGUAACUAUUUCCAAAACGAACGAGAUACUUAUUGUCUUCCUUUUAUGGAACACCCAUCUCUUCUAACUUAUUAUGGUGUUGAUGAAAGAAUCAGUAUGGAAGGUAGUGUUGAGUAUCUUUUAGUACUUAGUUUUGCACCAGAUGGUACUUUAACAGAUUUUUUGAGAACUCAUACAAUCGAUUGGACCACAUUUUGUAAAAUGGGUCUUUCUAUGGUAAAAGGACUUGCUUACUUACACACUGACAUACAUAAAGGUGAUAAAUCUAAACCGUGCAUUGCACACAGAGACAUUAAUUCAAGGAAUAUAUUAAUCAAAGCUGAUGGUACUUGUUGUAUAUGCGAUUUAGGAUUAGCAGUUCAAAUUUCUGGUUCUAAAUACUAUUCAAACGGAGAAGCCCAACAUGCUGAGAUAAAAUCAAUCAACGAUGUUGGUACUUUGAGAUAUAUGGCGCCAGAAAUACUGGAAGGCGCUGUAAAUUUACGAGAUUGUGAAAGCUCUUUAAAACAAAUAGAUGUUUAUGCAAUGGGCUUAGUCUUAUGGGAAUUAGUUUCGAGAUGCACAGAUAUUUAUGUAUUAGGCUCAGAAGUACCCCCUUAUAGACAACCAUAUGAAAAAGAAAUUGGUCUUCAUCCAACAUUUGAACAAAUGCAAGUUCUAGUUUCUCGCAAUAAAGCAAGACCUUUAUUAGAAGGUAAUUUAGUGGACAGGCCUGGAGUACGUUUAAUUAAAGAAACGAUGGAAGAUUGUUGGGAUGCAGAUGCAGAAGCUCGAUUAACUGCUUUAUGUAUAGAAGAACGCCUUUCGGAAUUACAAUCUCAUCGAGUAACAAUGCAUUUCACUGAUGGAAGUCCAAUGGUAAAUUCUCAUUGUACUUUAGUGCCUUCAACUACAAACAGCCUUUAUAACGAAUCUUCACAUCACGACAAUGUUCACAUCACUCAAUUUGCAUCGCACGCAAUGCAAGAUGGUUCAAGUAAUGAAGGUGGUAUUGUUGAAAAUUUGGUAACAUUAUCACCUUCUGAAAUUAAAAAUUCAAAUGAAGUAGCAAUAUAUAAUCACACUCAAACACUUCAACCUUAUCAAGGACGAAAUCCUUGUAUGGAAAGAAAUUUAAUGUUACAGUCAGAUUCACUUGAAGAUUUAGGGUGUAAUGGUAAUGUACUCGUUGAUAAAUCUAUGAAACAUACAUGUAAUGAUCAGUACAGAAUCGUAUCAGAAGCACAAGGACUUGUUUCUCAUGAUUAUCUGAGUCAACACACAACGCAAUUAGCUCAAUUAAGACCAGCUACACCUAUACCAUACGUUCAAAAUGUUAUUUCAGAUGAUGGUACAUCAUCGUAUGGUAAAAGAAAACAGACAAAUGUACAUGAAAUUUGUUCGCAAGAUAGUCCCAGAAAAAAAUUGUUCGGAUGGUCAAAUUUUAAAAAAUUGCUUGUCAACAAAAAGAUGUAUCCGUACAAAUAUCAAAUAGAUCGAGAGGAUUCUAAAUCUAAUUUAUUGUCGAAACAGAACGUACAGAUCAAAACUGUAGAAACUAAUGUAACAAUAUCUCCAGCAGGGAAAUAUGUAAAUGGUAUUAUUACAAAAACGCCUACUUUUACUCCUGCGUUAGAUAAAAAUGAUAAGAAUGCUAUACAAAUUGGUAAACAGAAAUUUGAUCACGAUAAUACAAAUGCUCGACCUUCUACUUUACCUCUCGUAAAUUUAAGAAAUAAAAAAAGUGAGAAUAUAAGUAGGCAGGAAAGCAUCGAUAAAUUCAACGAAGUUUUUAACGUGGGAUCCAAUGUAAAUGUAUUAAAAGAUCCGCAUAUGAGGAUAAAAACGCCCGGAGAUUUACCACCUUCCGUACGGAAAAUACGCGGUCGUGGACAAUCAACUGCUAGAUUUUCUCUUUAUGAUGAUCGUAUGAUGUGCAAUAUUCUAACCGAAGAAGACGACCGAAAUGAUAAAGCAAUUUGGAAUUCGGUACCAUUUGGUAUGGAUCUUAGUGACAGCGAUGACAAACAUUCACCAACUAAAUUUAAUACUAAAAAUGUUACUUGCUUUUAAUCGAAGUAUAGUAUUAAAGUAUUUGUAAAGAUUUUAGAAAUAAGCAUAAACAGGGCUGUAUUAUAACAGCUUCAACAUAUAUAUGUACAGAAAAACAUACGUAAAUAAGUCAGAUUUUUUACUCUUAAUGGAAAUGCAUUAUGAAAUUUAAAAUAUUUAAAAAAGAAGGAAAAACAAAUAAAAAAUAUGUACUCAAAUAAUAUUAAGGUAUUAAAGGGGCUAUUUAAUAAUUUAUAUUAAUUACUUAAUCCUUACAAGUAUAUUUUAUGCUUAAAGGAUCAUUUUGCAAAGCAAAUAUCUAUUCAUAAAUGUUAUAUCAGUGUUAACAUCAAUGUUUCGUAUGUUCAAACUAGUGACAAAAAAUUCAUUAGAAAUGUAUUUUGAUAAAUAUAGUAAGUGUACGUUAUAAUCUGCAUUGCCAGUUAUCAUAUUUAUAAUUUUUAUGAAUUAUACACAAUUACUGGAAAAUUGGAAAUUAAAAAAAUUGAUGUUAUUUAUUUAUAAAAAAAUAUACAAUAAGACAAUUCUUAAUGUAAAAAUUUUUAAAUUGUACUUAAAUCUGAUCUAUGUAACCGUUAAAGUGAAUGACACAUGUCUCAGCAUUAGGAAAGAGAUUAUAAAUUCAUACAUUUUGAUGCAUAACUUUUUUUCUCUGUAAACCUUUUAUGUGUUUAAAAAAAAAAAUUAUAAUAUAUAUGCAUCUCAGCAUAUAAUUACAUAAAAUAAAAGCAAUGUAAAAAUUUGAAUGAAAAUUGCAGUUGCCGAAGUGCAAAAUUUUAUUAAAAUAAUUAUUUUCCAUGAGCUCAAUGUAAAUAUUUGUAGCAUAUAAACAUUUUAAUAUAUGAAUUAAAUAAGCUUUUUACAUUUCAUUUUAAUAAAAUUACAAUCAUAUGUUUACAAUGUGCAUUAUUUAUAUUAAGAUAAAUCAUAUAACGACGAUGUGAAAAAAUAAUAAAAUAUGUAAUUCUAUGAAAGAUAAUAAAAAGAAUUUUC